GUGGACUAGCUGUGUGUGACGCCAUGUUGUUUUUGUUUCCAUUACAAAAAAAAAGCUCCACCGUCUCGCCGAGUGCCAGCAAGAGUCAUGAGUACUUGUCAACUCGACUCCUCAACUGGAGAUAACUUUCUAGCACCUCACCAUGGGGAAGGAUGUAUUCAUAUGCCUUCACCAGCACAUGCAUUAAACAUGCAGAGAGUUACACAAGUGGAUGGUAUGAUGAUAGGAUGGUUUUCUGGCCCAGCUAUAAAAACACAGACAGAAUUGAAAGGGCAGCUUUAAAUGAGGAGCAGCAUGAGCCAAACUGGCCAAGAUUUGACGUUUCUGUUGUCCGAACUUGUGACAACUACAAAGACGCAUUAAAAAUAAUGCAACAAUAUGGAAAGGGCUGCGACACCUCAGACCUGCAAUCUGAGGCAGAGAACGAGGAGCUGCCAGAAAAAAGGAACAGGAAGCCAGUCCAUCGUCUCGGGGACUCAGAUGAUAGCGAAGAAGACCCGGGAAAUAGUGACCUCACAUCUCUGGGGUUGACAAGCCAAUUGCACAGGCAGACUGCACCGUCUCGCCGAGUGCCAGCAAGAGUCAUGAGUACUUGUCAACUCGACUCCUCAACUGGAGAUAACUUUCUAGCACCUCACCAUGGGGAAGGACGCAUUCAUAUGCCUUCACCAGCACCUGCUUUAAACAUGCAGAGAGUUACACAAGGAACGGCAGUCCCUCCUCGACUCCCUCCACCCCCCUCACCUGCAGCCCUCAACAUGUGGCAGACAGAGGAGCCUGGAUCCAGCCUGGCCUACAGGCCAACAUGGCGAGGGGGAAGAAUGGCCGACAACAUUUCCUGCUCUGCGCCUGAGGUAAUCCACAUCCUUAGCCUGCUGGAAACUAUUAAGCACAACCAAGACCAGCUGAUUGCGAAGGUGCUGUGAGUAAAAAUGUGUUGACAAGGUCAGCCACGGACGCUGAGGUCACCAAACACGCCAUCAGGUGGUUCAACUUGGCGGGGGAUCGGGCAACGAGGAGACGAGUCCCGCUUCCACCUCCUCAGGAGGAAUAGAGAUGUAUAUGUAUAAAUAAACAACCUUUUAUUGGACUUCUUGUCAUUCACCAGUUAUUCAUUUUCUGAUAUGUUAGCUGUGCAUGGAGCAGCGUUUCCUUGAAGUUGUAGCCUAAUAGAUUAAAUAUGUAUAUUUACUUUUUAAAUAUAUAUUAUAUAUAUUUACUUUAUAGAGUGAAUUGACCAUUUUCUGUUUCUGCCUAUU